GUCCUGUGAGGACCAGUUAGAGGUAUGGUGGGCGUGGUUGGCCCCGUAACCAUGGCGACGUCUCUGUGGGAGUUUGUGUCCCUUCAUCCCGUUGGUCUAGUGCUGCUCCUCUGCCUGCCACUCUGUCUAUGCCAGCAGCCAUUGGUCAACGUUGAGAGUCCGUUCCCACCCCUACCGGAGUGUACCAGGAAAGUUCAUCCCAUCGUCCCAUACAAAGCACUGAGUCCCUGGAUGUCAGGAUUCUCUCGUCCCGGAGUGAAGGACUUUUCCCAGCUGACCCUUGACCUGACCAGAAACCAGCUGAUUGUGGGAGCUAGAAAUCACCUCUUCAGACUGAGUCUCAGUAAUGCUUCUCUCUUACAGGCAGUAGAAUGGGGACCAGAUGAAGACACCAAGCGGUCCUGUCAGAGCAAAGGAAAGACAGAGGAUGAAUGUCAGAACUACAUCCGGGUCCUGCUCAUCACCGGGAAGCGGAUCUUUACCUGUGGAACCAACGCCUUUACCCCCGUCUGCACCACUCGGCAGAUAGGAAACAUCAGUCGGGUGAUGGACACGGUGAACGGGGUGGCGAGAUGCCCCUACGACCCGCGUCACAACUCCACUGCCAUGGUAACAGAGAAGGGCGAACUCUACGCCGCCACUGUCAUCGACUUCUCGGGUCGUGACCCCGUCAUCUACCGUAGCCUUGGUAACAUGCCGCCGCUGCGAACAGCCCAGUACAACUCCAAAUGGCUCAACGACCCUCACUUUAUCUCAGUCUACGAGGUGGGCCUCUUCACCUAUUUCUUCCUGAGAGAGAACGCAGUGGAACAUGACUGCGGUCGGACCGUGUUCUCCCGAGUGGCCCGGGUCUGUAAGAACGACGUGGGCGGUCGCUUCCUAUUGGAGGACACUUGGACUACGUUCAUGAAGGCGCGGUUGAACUGCUCGCGGUCAGGAGAGAUCCCCUUCUACUAUAACGAGCUGCAGAGCACCUUCUAUCUGCCCGAACAGGACCUCAUCUACGGCAUCUUCACCACCAACGUGAACAGCAUCUCUGCGUCGGCUGUGUGUGCUUUCAACCUCAGCGCCAUCACCCAGGCGUUCAACGGACCGUUCCGUUACCAGGAGAACCCUCGUACAAGCUGGCUCUCCACCCCCAACCCCAUCCCCAACUUCCAGUGUGAUACCCUGGAGGAGCGAGGUCCAGGGGAGAACCAGACUGAGCGCAGCCUGCAGGACGCCCAGCGUCUCUUCCUCAUGUCUGACGUGGUGCAGCCCGUCUCCACCGACCCCCUCCUGUACCAGGACAACAUCCGCUUCUCCAAGCUGGUGGUGGACAUCGUGCAGGGCCGAGACACCCUCUACCACGUCAUGUACAUCGGCACUGAAUACGGCACCAUCCUGAAGGCCCUCUCCACGACCAAUAAGAGCAUGCGGGGGUGUUACCUGGAAGAGAUGAGGCUCCUCCCUGAGGGCGAAAGCGAGCCAAUCAAGAGCCUUCAAAUCCUCCACAGCGAUAGGUCGUUGUUUGUGGGGCUUAGUGACAGGGUGCUGAAGAUCCCACUGGAAAGAUGCUCCAGCUACAAAACUGAACGGCACUGCCUGGACGCCCGAGACCCCUACUGUGGCUGGGACCGUAAGCAGAAGCGUUGCACCACCAUCGAGGACAGUUCCAACAUGAGCCAGUGGAGCCAGAAUAUCACUGAGUGCCCGGUAAGGAACCUGACCCAGGACGGUGGCUUCAGCCCCUGGGCGCCAUGGCAACCAUGUACCCAUGACGACAGGGAGGGAGCCAGCACCAGUUGCGCGUGUCGCUCACGCUCUUGUAACAGUCCAGUCCCUCAGUGUGGAGGCUCCAACUGCAAGGGCCCCACCAUCCAGGUGGCCAACUGUUCCAGGAACGGAGGCUGGACCCCCUGGUCCACCUGGGGUCAGUGCAGCACCAGCUGUGGCAUCGGGUACGAGGUGCGCCAGCGCUCCUGCAACAACCCCUCCCCCCGGCAUGGGGGGCGUGUCUGUGUGGGACAAGGCCGAGAUGAGAGGCUGUGCAACGAGAAGAGCCCAUGUCCCCUGCCUGUGAUCUGGUCAUCUUGGGGCUCCUGGUCUCAGUGCAGUGCAGAGUGUGGAGGAGGGGUCCAUUCCCGGGUCAGGAGCUGUGAGAAGGGGAACACCUGCCCAGGAUGUGCUCUGGAGUACAAGACCUGUAACCUGGAGGCGUGUCCGGAGGUCCGUCGCAACACCCCCUGGACCCCCUGGAUGCCGGUGAAUGUGACCCAGGACGGGGCCCGCCAGGAGCAGAGGACCCGCUACACCUGCAGGGCCCUCCUUCCAGACCCUCAUCAGCUGCAGCUGGGCAAGAAGAAGGUGGAGACCCGCGUCUGCCCCAACGACGGCACCGCCGCCUGUGAGACUGAAGCCCUGGUUGAAGACUUGGUCAGGGCCAGUGGAGGAGGCAGUAGUGGUCGACCUUUGCUCCGACAACCAGGUGGCACCAGGUGGUCGCCGUGGGAGACAUGGUCGACCUGCUCCCAGGAGUGUGCCAAAGGCUUCCGCACGCGCAAGCGCACCUGUGCCUCAGCAGAGGGCAAGAGCAGCCCCAGUGCCUGUAGUGGAUCCCCAGUGGAAUACCAGGACUACAACUCCCAGCCCUGCCCAGUAAAAGGAACCUGGACGUGCUGGGCGUCAUGGUCUCACUGCUCCGCCAACUGUGGAGGUGGGCACUACCAGCGUACCCGUACCUGUAGCAACCCUGCCCCCACCAACGGAGGUGACAUCUGCAUCGGCCUGCACACUGAAGAGGCCCUGUGCAACACACACACCUGUGAAGGUGGCUGGCUGCUGUGGUCAGAGUGGGGGGAGUGUGACGAGGAGGGGCUGCAGCAUCGCAGCAGGGAGUGUGGGGAACGGGAGGCAGACCCCAGCCUGUGUCAGGGCAAUGCCACCGUGAGCAGGCCCUGCCAGCCCCCCGAGGUGCCGGUCGUUCUGCCUGGACAGGAUAACGAUCAGCGCUGUGGGGCCUUCUCUCUGUUCCACCUGAUGGCCACGGGAGCGUUGUGUUUCUUUGCAGCGGUGGGGCUGUCGGUCCUGGUCUACGCCUACUGCCAACGACUCCACAAGCCCUCCCAGGAGUCAGCCGUCAUCCACCCCACCACGCCCAACCACCUCAGCUAUAAGGGCAACACGACGCCAAAGAACGAGAAGUACACCCCCAUGGAGUUCAAGACGCUGAACAAGAACAACCUUCUCCCGGACGAAAGCUGCAACUUCUUCCCCUCGUCCCUCUCGCCCCUCCCCUCUCUCCCCCAGAAUAACGUUUACACCACCACCUACUACCCUGCACCCCUGGGCAAAUACGACCACCCCUUCCACCCCGACUCACCUUGCAGGAACUAUAUGCACCACAGUUGAGACAGGA